UAAUAUCAUCCACUUUACUCCCAUUAAAUGGCUUUGGCUCUUUACGCGCUAUCCAUGAUGGCUCUAACACGAUCUAGCGAUUAAUGAAAGUAAGCUAUGAUUACUCACUCAAGUAUGGUUUAGGAAGGACAAAACAAACGCAAGUGAAACGCGCACUAGACAAAAGCUAGGCCUGAGAAAGAGGGCAUUUUUUAUUAGGGAAACUCGAGAAAAACCGCCCAAGAGUUCAGCAGGUAAAGGAAUCUCUAGGGACACUAGGACAAUGUACGGAACUAUGGCUAUAGAAUAUAGGGAACAGUUGCUAAAUUUCGCUGCAAAUCGAAGUGUUGAUUUCUUUUUCUCCCAAACGGUCGCAAACAAACAAACAGUGCAGUGAUAGGAUAUAAUUGAAAUACUCGCCGGAAUAGACUUCAAACGUCUCUCCCAUCGCAUGCGGACAAGUAGUCCGCUUAAUUUUUGGUUUAUGGUUUGCAGAAGAAUCGCUAAAUGAGGUGCACCAAUCGAUUUCCUUAGUAGCUCGAUUUCAGUUCAUGAUAUUAUUUUUGUUGAAUAAUUAAUAAAAGAAAGCUAAAACGGGAAUCAUUCAGCUACUAGUCAGUAGAUGGCGCUUCUAAUAGAUUCUGUGGUUUUGAACAAUUUCGUUGUUGCGUUUUCUAAUUUUAUCUAACGUUGAUUGUUUUUAUUAUUUUUAUAGCUUUUUGUCGCCUUUUUGGCAUCAAUUGAAUGGACGAAGUAGACAAGAUUCGCAAUUCGAAGCGCUGCGGGAGAAAGAGAAAAGUACCACUGAGAUAAUGCUGAUGAAUUUAUUUGCAAAUUACCCUUAUUCUACCGUUGCAUAUACCGCGGCGUAUGGGAGUGACUUAAAAACAAACCAAAAAUAACCUUUUCUAUCAAAUCUAGCAACAUUUUAAAGUAAGCAGAUAGUCAGUUUAAAACAAUAACGAUCGCCCAAUGUUUAGUGUUGGUAGUCGGCGUAAAACAUUUCUAGUGUGAGAAUCAGUUUUGAACCACGUUUUUAGAACCAGUCACAAGAAAGCACCACUUCUAGCAUAAUAGUGCGCGUCGGUAAAGGCGUAUAGCGUAUAAGGCACUUUAUAGGGAAGGUUUCGAAUGAACCUCAAAAAUAUAACCACGGAAAGCGAGCUUUUACGCAGCUGAAACUAAACAAUUCGCGAUAAAAAUAUAGCUCUACGCUUUCACGCAUAUAAAGAGCCAAAGCUCACACGGUACAAGAUGGUACAAGAGAAUACGCUCAUCGAAAGAGGAUACAGUAAUCAAGCGAUAGCACCGACCGUAAUGUCAUUCUUGAUCGAACACCAAAGCCAAUCAUUGAGUUAAUGAAAUGAUACUCCGAGUCCCACUUCCGUGUGGACGGCAAAACUGCGGUUAAACCAUUUAUGCCCCUUACUGCCCCAACAAAACAUGCCGGUGGGAAUGUCCUUUCCCAUACGAUGUAGAUGAAUCCAACACUCCAAUAUCCACGCCGUUGAACUGUUUUCUGUUUGGCAUCUCGAGCACAACCACGAGUAGUAGUAGUAGAGUUUCGUUCUCUCGUUUUGCGCAAAAUGGCACUCCAUUUAAUAAUAACCCUUGGCUUCAGCACUGUAAUGGUUCGAUGGAAUGCAGCACAGGUUAGUUGUGCACUGUUGAUUGUUACGUCUGCAGCGAGAACAUCUGUUGGCUUUUUGAUUGUUUCUGUCUUUGAAUCAUGAUUUUGUCCUUACGUUGUUUUGCCCAACUUUCCAUAAAGUGCUCCAUACAGUGAUUUAUACUCUAAAGGAAUGAAUGUAUAGUUUUCUUUUUGCUGGUUUUGAUAACAAGUUGAUUUCAAUGCUCUCAUGUCCUGUCCACCUUCUUUUCAUUUCCUUUUACCGUUAUUUGCCUUUUGUAUGAUGUGAGACGAACAAUUUUGAGACGCGCAUACAGACAGCCGAUGAUGUUUCGUUAGUGGUUUGGAUAGUGACACACCUGAGAGAAUGCUUCAACAAGCACGCGCUUUUUUCUCAUACAAAUAUCACCAUUAAAAAAAUAGAGUACUUAACCGACCCACCGUUACACGCUACUUACUCUGCUACAUCACCGUUGCAUCGUAUUUGCACAUAUACACCCUGCCCCACAUACUGCAUCUUUUGACUUUUGACUUCCUCCACACCAAAACCACACAAAAACAGUUUCAAACGUACCUUUUCCCACGCUCUCUCUAUCUCUUCCUCGUUGCUCCAUCUCCUGUUAACUAAUCCUUCUACUGUUGUUGCUUCUUUUCUCAAACACCGCUCGGAUGUCGCAUUUGAAAUACUCUCACCUCAGGAGAGACGUACACGUACUUGAGUAACUUUUAAAUGAAUAACAAAAAAGAGAAAAAAAAACAAAAACAGAUUAUUUGUAUCAUGUUGUUUAAAAAGUUAAUACACCGUUUUGGUUUUGUUUCCGUUUUCCCGUUAACUUUGGUUUCAUCCACGGAGGACUGUGCGGAAUAAAAAAAUAAUAAAAAAAAAAUAAAAAAAGGAAAAAAACAAAGUGAUUAAUUCACAGAAAAGUAACAGAAAAAGAAGUAACAGAAAGGUACACAACAUACACAUGCUGUCGAUUACAUCCUGCCAUAUGUGAACGCGAGAACCGGAACAGGAAAACAUACAAACAAAACUCAAAAACAGAAGAAAAAAAUACAAAAAUAAAUAGGAACAAACAAGAAAACUAAAUAAUUGUAUAGAAGGAAGCUACAAAACACAACACUCUGGUAAAAAUCCUUUUUUUUUAAUGGAGAUUUUGUUAUUAGAUUCAAAGUGCUUUUUGGCUUGAAAGGCAACAAGGUGACCUAUAUAAAGGUUUUUCUGUAAAUACGAUUUAGCCGUUCGCUUAACAGCUUUCUUCGACUGUUUUCAUCAAAACAUGCACCAUUGUAUAUGUGCUAAAUAAAGAUGAAUUAUGCUUUUUUGGUUGCUAUCAAUCUUCGCUAAUUUGAUAAACCGUGGCUGCUGAGCCUUGUGAGUGAUAGCGCAAAGCUUGUUGGUUUACCAUUUCUGUUGGUUUUUUCUCUCCCAAUUGAAUGCGCUCUAUUUCGUGCUCUAAAAUCUAAUUGUGAUACAGAAUAGUUUCCGCUCCUCUCUUUGUAUAGUGCGAGCGCACGUGCGAGUGUGUCUGAGUGUACAUUUUAAAAAUGCAUUGAGCUAACUAAACGGAUCUCCAACGUCCUUUUUUCCCCCGUACACACAUACAAACUAUGCCAUUGCGAAUGCUUGCGCUAAUAAAGGCCAACGUAGUAGAGAAAAUAGAAAAAACCUUCGCGGAACAGGCAGAACGGAACGUAGCAAAAGACGCAAGAAAGAGUGUAACAUAAUUAGAUGAGCAACAACAACUCAAAGCAAACAACAACCACAACUAUGAGACAGAGUAUGUGUGUGUGUGUUUGUAUGAAUUAUCUUAUCUACAUCUACAAGCAACCAAGCUGUGAAGCAGCGAACGACAAAGGGUAGAAACCGAGUGCAAAAUUCAUAUUUUCUCACGUGUUGUAUGUGUAUGUUACCGUCGCCUCCCAAGCAGGGGUGAGUUACCCGCGCAAGCAGCAGAUAAGCAAGUCAGAUAUCGUAUUGUAGGGUAGUAGUCGACUUCCUUGAGUGUUGAAGGCUCUAGUGAAUGACAGGAUUGUUGAUGUUUUGCCCCCCAUUUCUUGCGCGCUUUGCAAGCUGUGUUUCACAAAGAAACCAAAAACAUGUGUGCAAGUAAAGAGAUACAUGAAUGGGAAGCUAUAAUUACAAGCACAGUGAAAGAACAAAAUCGUAUAUUGAAGAAAUAGGAUUGGAAUGUCGUGAAAGCGCGUUACAAAUGAUCGGUGAAGUAAAACAGAUACCGAACGAAGCGUGUAAGCAUAACACAAAAGCGAAUCGAAUAAGACACGCAUAGCAGCUACAUACAAACUACUACAACAACAAAAAGAAACAGAACAAAAACACUAAAUUUGAACCACAACCGCUCCAGAACAGAUGAUAAAUGUGUGUAUGUGAGUGUGCGUGUGUGUGUGUGUGUGUGUGUGUGGGUCUGUGUUUGCAAAACAGUAGCACAACUUGCUGUUGCUUGUUGUGUGUGUACCACCACACAAAGUUUUGUUUUAUAAAAAGAAAAUAAUAUGCCAGUUUUUUGUCAAAGUAGCAUAGCAUAUAAAAGCAAGCAUCAAACCGGAGGACUAAACUGCUGCCCUCAAGCAUGUCAACAGAACACGAAAACGAAAGAGAGAAAGCAAAAUGAUGGUGGCCGUAAGCAUGAAAGGGAUGUCUAAUAAAUGCGCCUGCUACCGCCACUAGGAUUGAAUGGUCACAAAAAGAGAAAACCGACAUACAGGCAGACACAAAGAAAGAGAGAGAGAGAAAGGUUAUGUGAAUGGCAAAGCCUACUGCUACUAUCUAUCCACUACCUUACCUGCUACUCCGUGGUGUUGUGGCAAACGGUGGGUAGUAGCAGCUGAAGCAUGGGUCCUCCUGCACUCACUCCCAUAGAAGCGGGCAGCAACCGUCAAAAGAAGGACUACACCCACACACCACACAGUCGUGUCCAGUACGGAGUGUUGUGGAUCAAACUAAUUAUAGAUAGCAGAGAAACAACAGUAGAGGUGUAGCAGCAAUGGCGGCAGGAUGUAUGUGUAUGUGUGCGACAGAUAGGAAGGGAGGGAACGCGCUAAACACACUUAGUAUACACUCGGUAUACCUACAAUUGGCUAAGUGAAGCCGACAAAACAAAUCCACAGAGGGUUAGCGAGAGCAGCGAUAGACAGAGAGAGGGCAGAGAAAGAGCUACACUAAAACAUGGGAAGGGAAUAGCUCUGGGGGAAAUAGUUGAACAUGAAAGAUAGGGAUAGGAAAUAGAAAGAGAAAAGAAACAUGUGCGAGAGCGCUAACUAGUAUGAGUGAACGUGCGUGUGUAUAACGCUUAUGCGAGAUAACAUAGUGCGAACAGGCGAACAAGAGAGCGAAAAAGAAAACAAGUAAGAAAAACAGAACCUACCUAUUCGAUAAGAUUAUUUAAGUGAAAGCAAAAACACAUAAGAAAAGAAGUGAAACAAACAUAAAAGAUUUAAAGCUAUGAAAGAAAUAACAAAAAAAACACACACAAACAAGUAAGCAAACAAACAAACAACACAAACAAAAUUUAAUUAAACUGUGCGAAAGUAAAAGAAGUAUAACAAACAGCAGCAGCAAACGAGCAAGCCAAAACCACAAGAGUCAAAAGAGAGUAAAACAAAGCAAAUGAUGGCGCUUGCGCUUGCGUGUGGAGGGAGGUGGAUUGUGCUGUAGUUAUUAUUAUGUGUGUUUGUGUGUGUGGUAAUAAGUAAUCCUUUGCAAAAGGAAGAAAACGCGUAGAAGAGACAACACAAACAAAACCGGAGCAGAGAAAAAAGGAUAUAAGUGAAUUAUGGAAGGAGUGUAAGGCAAGGCAAAGAAGAGAACUAUGAUCAGCUGCGUUAAGCUGAUCAAUUGUGACACUGUGCGUGUAUGCGUGCGUACCAGUGUGUGUGUGUGUGUGUGCGCGUGUGUGUGUUGGUAUGAGGACGUUUGAGUGUAUAUAAUACAGAAAUCAAGGCAGAGAGAGUAUGCAUUAGCUUGUGAUUUUGCGCGUGUGUCCGAAGGAAAUGAAAAUAUAAAUAUUUAAAUGUACGUGUGUGUAUGUGUGUGUUUGUAUAGAUAAAACGUCGCUCCCUUAACGCUCCCAGCCCCUAUUUACACACACGUACACAGUACCAGACCAGAGAGAAAUGGAACAGAUGGUAAAGGUUACUACAAAAAAGCGAUACACGUGACGGCAGAUAGUGUGGUGUACUCUGUAUAAAGGAAACGAGAUAGAAAGAAAACGGAAACUAGAACACGCGGAAGUGUAAGCAUACACGGAUACUUUCCUCAUCCCUUCACAUUAUACUGAUUUAGUGCUAAAGGAAAGCUAAAACAUGGCAAUGUUGUAUAUUUAGUAAAGUUAUUGCACACUUGUGAGAAAAAGGGAUAUAUGUGAAGAGAUAUAGAUAGAAUGCAAGAGAGAGAGAGAGAGAGAGAGAGAGAGAGAGAGAGAGAGAGAGAGAGAGAGAGAGAGAGAGAGAGAGGAAAAAGAUAGUAGAGUGAAGGAUGGCGGUAGAUUAAACGAAAUGGAGAGCGAAGCAACACAUAAUUAAAGCUCACCUAACUGUACGCGUAUUAUACACGGAGCAAUUCAGCGAACAAACGUUAUACAAUACGAUACACACGUACCUACACAGCCAUGCAUACGCACACACACACACAUACGUGUGCGCAUGCUAUACUGACAUGUGCGUACACCAUACACACAUAUGCCGAAUGCGAAGAGAACAUGUUAAACAGAGAGAACUGGGCGAAUAAAGCGAGAGAACACGUAUGUUACAGAUGCAGACACAAAAAAAAACAGUAACAAAAGAAAUAAGAGAAAAAUGCGAGAAAAAAAACAAACAACAACCGACUGUAGUAGCUAAAUGAAAAUAAAAAUCUGCAAACAUCUUAAUUAAAACUAAA